UCUAUCAUUUUAUUGCUUCAUAGUGUUUAGUGAUAACAUACGAUCGAUAAGAGAGCUACCACAAAUGAGCAGCAGAUAAAAAGUGUGCGUCUACCAAUCCCGUUUGGAACAGUUACCAUCAACUGUUCAAGGACUUCAGUUCGGCCUCUGUGAAGCCCUCCAGUGUUUAGUGACUUGUGUCGAGUGUUUUCCGGAGGCUUCUGGAAGUGUGUUUGUGUCGGACUGUGCGUAGUCGAAAGGCAAUCAAAAUGUUUCUGAAGAAAGUGGUCUCGAUCCUGGUCAUCUGCAUAGUGACCCGAAGUGCGCUAGCCGAAGAAAGCAAAGAAGACACCGAGAAUGUCCUGAACGAGCUGAGCUGGUCCUGCGCGAACAAUGCCACCUGCGUAACACGAGUGGCUCGCGAUGUGAUGCAGAAACUGAAGAACGGAAAGCCACUGGACUUUGGAGCGUUCAGCGUGGAACCGGUGGAGCACAUCCCGCUGACCGUCGAGGGCCGGUCCUCCCGGGCCCUGGACUUCCUCAGCAGCAACGCGCUGAAGUUCCCGCUGGGACCGAUGGUCAUCAACAUCGAACGCUCCACCGACUAUCCCAACUAUAUCGAGGUCUCUCUGCUCAGAAAGGCCGAUGGAGCACGGGGCAAAACCCGCAGGCACAUGCGCUUCUUCGUGCCAGCUUUCCUGGUCUUCAGCCAAAUCGGCUGGUACGCGCUCGCCAUCGCCGGUGUCAAGCUGCUCGCGAUUAAGGCCUUUUUAGUCGCCAAAAUUGCCCUAAUUGUCGUUGCAGCGAUGACCUUCAAGAAACUCAUGGAACCAGUCGCCGUCCUGCCUCCGUCGUACUUUGAUCACCAGGAACCGUUCCUAAUGCCGUACAGCAUGGACUUCCACCACGGAUUCCCCGGAGCCGGACACGACAUGUACCCAAUGGGGCUGGGCGCCCACCUGGGACAUCACGACGGACCGUCGGCCCUGCACGCCGCCGAAGGUGGGCUCGGUGCCGCCAGCAACGUGAACGCCGUCGUCGAUACGAACCAAGCCGCGGACAAGUCGGCCACCGUGGGAUCGUCGUCCACCAGUGGGGCGUCCUCGCCGGCGGCCAGCAACAACGACCAACGUCAUCACUUCCCCGGCGGCAAGAUCAAGCGACAGGACUACUACCCGGCAGUGGUGGCACAGACCGGAAAGUACUACUAAGAAGAACACAAGCGCCCGCCGUCGUCGUCGUCAGCAAGUAUGACACCGGCAAGUCAGUCACUGCAAAGCCAAAGCCACCCGUAGUUGUGAGAUGAACCAGAGAGAAGCAAUAGGAGUAGAAGAGGAAGUAGAAGCAAACGCAGAUUUCUACCUCCAAGUCCAAGUCGCGCCACCGCCACCCAUCCCUGAAACAUACCUCCCCCCAUAAAAAAAUGACGAAGAUUUUUCCCGGCGAGAAUGAAAACGAGAAAGAGAGAGAUCGUAAACCACCCCCGAGAAUCCUUAUCAGAAGCUGAUAUAGAACUGUUUAGUACGUAGUCAUAGUAUUUAUGCUGUACUUUUGCCCGAUUCUGCUUUUUAUGCAGAUUCGAUCGAAAGCGUUUCAACUCUGUUGUAAAAUUGAUUUCAGUUGCGCCUCUACUGUAGAAUGCCACCCUAAUACUAAUUAUUUAUUUAUUUAUUAAAGAACUGGGAAAUUGAAAAUCAUAA